ACACUUUGCCGACAACACAGCUGCUACCAGAAACACUUCAGUGCCUUUUAAUAGUAUUGUUAGGCGGUUCGACUUUGUCUAUUAUACAUUAUGUCGUCCGGUGGUUGGGAAUUAGUUGGAAGAAACAAGAAGGAAAAGAGCAAUGGAAAGACCAGUAAACUCACGAAGGCUGAGAAAAAGAAGUUCAUCGAGAACGCACCGAAAGUCGAGGAUUUCCUGCCUUUGAGUCAAGUGAAGACUCUAUACGAUAAUCUGGAUAGUAACAAGGAAAAUAAGAAACCGUCGAAGGAGAAGGAGAGCAAGACAAAGGAGAAUGAGGAAAAGAAGAAGCAACAGAAACAGCAGCAGCAGCAGCAGCAGUCUGAGAAGAAGAAAACGGAGCCUCCAAAGGAGAAACCUCCCAAGUCUAUAAAAGAUGCGCUCAACGCGAUUAACGCGGAGGAGUUUCGCAGUAUUUUAACCAGCAGCCAGGCCCGAUUCCCAGAAGCUCCGUUGAUCUGGUUGAAGGAUCUGGCUGCAUUCCUUAAUAUGAAAAUUCCUGUAGACAAAGAAGACGCCGUGUUCUCUGGGAAGCCUAAGGACUACCCGCUGAGCGUGGUGCCCAAAUCGAUAUCCAGCACAUUGGAGAAAGCCAUCGAGGUGGCCGGGAAGCAAACCGCGCAACUUUUUUACGAAAACACUCUCACCGCGAUGGCCACCGAUCUAGCCAAGGGAUCGCCCGCCGUCGGGCACAAAUUGUUCUUACAACUCCUGGCGAAGAUCAAUCCCGAGAUGACCGCCGCUAACGUCUCGAAAUUGAUCCGCGUGAAGAAUUCUUAUCAGAACAGAAAGAACAUCGGCCUCUCGUUACUCUGGGCGAUGUCCCAGGCUGGCAGAAGGAAUCUGCCACUGGGGUUGAAAGUAUGGCACGAAGUGAUGUCGCCGAUGCUGGAGGCCAAAAGCUACUGCAACUACGUCGCACAAAUAUUGAACGAUCUGGUGUUCGGCCACGAGAACUGCCACGACCUCAAACCGGAGGUGUACUUCGAUAUAAUCGAAGACACAUGCUCUGGGAAGUUCAACGUCCCUGCUUCGAUAGGCAGGGAAAUUAAUAACAGCCUCGACAAAUUAAGAUCGAUACUGUUUAAAAAUAAAAAUCUGAGUUGUACAAAGCUGUUCGAAACGUUGCUCGGAAAGGUCUCACCGAAGGUGCACGCGAGCUAUAGGGACGAAUUAGUUAAAGCGCUCGUAGGCUGUUUAUGUACAGACCGUCUCUGCUUCUCCGCGUGGAGAUCGCUCCACGCUAAGAAUUUGUACCAAUCGCAUUUAAUUUUAACGUACAUCGAUGCUAAAUGGAGUGUCUUGCGUACGAAAUUAGACGCGAAAUGCUUGAAAGAAACGUGUACGCUAUUUCAGACGAGCAACGAGAGGUGGAAGAAGGGCAAGGACGAGGGCCUGGCCAAGAGUUGCAACGCGAUAUGCAAGGGAUUAUUAUUGAAAAUGACAGCUUCUCCGAGCAAGAAGUUCCCCUGGAGAAAAGUGGUAGUUUUGUUAUUACUUCUUGUCAGUGCCGUCAUCAGUUACGAUGUUUACAAGCACAAUGGUUUUAAAGCAUCGAACACGGACAAACUCUUGAAGAGCAGUGGACUGUCCGCUUAUGGGCACCAGUCAUGGGUCGUGAUACAAGGGUACUCGUCCAGAGCUCUCGAAUUUAUAGAAGCCUCGUCACCGGAAUAUUACAAGGCGACGGUCGAUACGUGUAAACCGUAUAUGAAAUUAGCUGGGGACGUUUACAUUGUAAUGAAAAAUGUUUCUCUUAAAUUUUACGAUAACAUUGUGGAGUACACUAGAAAAAACGGUCCGCGGGUGACGGAAACGAUCGAACAUUACGCUCCGGGAAUGUUGGACGAAAUUAAAUUAAGGAGUAACCAGAGUUUCGAAUUAGUCACAGUCUAUACGAAACAGUUCUCGGAGAAGGUGUCCGACUACUGGAUCCUGUCGAUUGAUUGGAUCCAACACAAUGUCUUCGUCGGGAAACUAAGUCCGGAGAAUUUGCAAAAUUACGCCACGAAAGCGAUCGACACGACGCAGAGUUUGGCAAGUCAAACUUACGACUGGGUCUACGAGAAGAUGCAGACGCUGUCUAAAGUCCCGUGAACGAAAUUCACCGGACGUUAAGUAACCGGAACUUUGUUCUUCGGUGAUUAACGAAUAAAAUCUCCUCCCACGUCUCUGCAUUUAGUUCUAUGAUUCCGAAGUUGCUGAUACAUUUCCAAAUACAUCGUGACGGCCAUUUUACCUGUGAUAUUUGAAGAAUAUGUAUACGUACUCCGACGCGACGUUUUGACAAACACGUAAAUUCGAUUCGAAACUGUCCCCUUUAAGUUAAUACUGUCUGUCGUCAAAAUAAUUAUUAAAGUAAUAUAUAUACUACAUUAUUUAGUAUUGAGACGAAGAACCUCUCAUUUUGUAUAUUUACUAAUAUAUUUUUCAUUCAAUGUUUCUAAUACGGUGUUUGAUGAUAAUAUAACAAGUUGAUUUGUGAAUUUGAACAGUAUAUUGAAUAAUAAAAUUAUUUUUUUGGUAUC